AUGGACAACAAUGAGAAGCUUACGCGCCUGCUGGAGGCCCUUGGGCCAGGCGCUGACCCCGCACUUGCGCGGGAGGUCUUGGAAGCCAACGCAUGGAAUCUGAGCGAGGCGCUGAACCUCCUGGUGGGGGACGCAGCGCCCGAGCCACAGCGAGCGGCCAUGCCGGCACAGCAGGCAUUGUACCAACCACCAGCCAUGGAGCCGCCAGCAGCAACAGCACGAAUACCAGCACCAUUGGCGCCUACGGGGACAUUUGCCACGGGAACCUUCGGCAGAGGCCUCGCGGCGAACCAGGAUGAUGACGUUCGCGCGCCGAUGCGAACGGGCUUCCAUGAGACGCUUCUUUCUGCCGACCCAGUCCAGGAGAGGCGUCAGGAAGAAGAGCGGGAGGCUUAUCGGAAGAAGAUCGAGGCCGAGCGCAUCGCUGCCGAGGAGCGCGCCCGACAGCAGGAGGAGGAGAGGUACAACAAGGGCCUGGCCCGCUUGGCAGAGGAGCAGCGGUCCACGGCAGAGAAGCAGGCCCUGGAGCGUAAGAAGCAGAAGAUGGAGGAGGAGCAGGCCAGAGCACGUCAGAGGCGGAACGAUCGGCGAAGGGACGACAGCGAGGAGGAAGAGGAAGAUUUGUGUGUCGCGCCACCGAUGCUGUUGGCUGAUCUCUCCGCGCAGCUCGCUGGCGUGGAGGCCGCUCCGGCACCAGAGCCGCCGCCAGCGCCACCGCCAGCGCCGAGCCGGCCCAUGGAUGAUGACAAGGAGCUCGAAGACAUUCCAGUGGCUCCUUCUGUGCCGUUGUCAGAUCUGGCCGCGGCUGUUGGCACCGGGGAGGAGGCGCAACCUUCUGAGCCGCCAGAGCCCCCUGCGGCCCCUGUGGUCCCUGCGGCCCCUGCGGCCCCCGCGGCCCCUGCGACGGUGCCGGCGGAACCCCAGGAGCCUGCGACAAGCACGGCGAUGCCGCCAGCAGAAGCAAGUCCAAGGACGUCCGCAGAGAGCAAGGUGACAGAUCCUGUCCUCCAAGCGUUGAAAGAUCUGCGAAGACGCUACCGUGAGGCUGACCCUGCGUCGCUGGCAGCCGCGUUGAGGAUUGUCAGCGGCUGCGUUGGCCAUCUGGUGACGCAUCCGCAGGAAACCAAAUACCAUCGCAUCAACUGCGCGGGUGAGAGGUUCAGGACCCGCGUCGAGAGCUUGGACGGAGCUGUGGCUGUGUUGGAGGCCUGUGGCUUCCAGCGAGAGGGGGACAGCCUCCUAGUUCAGGAGGACUACCCCAGGACGCACGGACUACAGCUCCGAGAUGCGAAGGCCAAAGUCGACGUCGUCCUUGGAGAGCUCGAGGCGGCAGGAUACACGGGCUGA